AAGAUCCUUUAUUGAGUUAAAAGUCUCUCAUUCUCUCUGUUAUGAUGCCAGAAGUUGCCUCCACUGCAUCUUCUUUAUUUGUUCGGCAAAUGCAACAAAUUGGAUCAGAGGCCACGACUGAGCCAACAUUGUGUGGUGUCAGUGUGAUAUUAAGAGGCACACACACUCACACACACACACACACACACUUGAUCCUCAGGCUUCCAUGGCACAAGAGACUUCCUUUGUAUUUGAUCUAAUCAGAGGGAGUCACACAACUUGUAUUUAGCUGGAACUAAAGACACUGUCCCAUGUGAAGAUUGUACCUAGCGAUUGGCUUAUCUUCCCUCGCUCACAACUACACGAUCAGAAGACAAAUACCAAUGUUCCACGACUCUGCAGAGAGCAUCAGCCCCCUGAUGAUUGUUUUAAAAAGGGAAUUUGGCUCGUUUUAGCAGCCUAAAAGCCACUGUUCCAACUUUAGAGCAUUUUCCACCUACUUUACGUUCUCCAUUACGAUUUUACACAUUUCCUUUUCUUUUUCUUUUUUUUUUAAUCACUGCUGCAGAGUGAUUUAACAAUGAUGACGCAACUUACACCAGGUUCAUGAAAGCUUUUACAUUUGCUGGGUCUGGUAGCUCUUUCCCAACAGAUGAUACAUUUCACAUUUCCUGCCGCCGCAGCAGUUUGACCAUAGUAAACAGAAGAGGAGGGUUGUUGAGUGUGAGCAGUCCAUAAUGACUCAACAGAAAACUGAAGGUUUAGGGAAAAAAUAUUGGAAAUGUUUCAAAAUUAAAUACAAUACUCUCCACUCCUAAUGAUUUGACUUAUGAUGAAUUAAGUCCACUUGCGGAACACCUGUUAGACUUAAGAGAUAUUUUUUCUGGACCACCUGAAAUGCUAGAUCACAGGUUAUACAAGGGAACUGUCUUUCAGACAAUUUCUUUCUUUUUGCAGAGUGUUUACGCUCGGAAACCACAGAGGAUGUCAGACAAGGAGGAAAUGGCUUCAGAUGGGAGUCUGAAUGUUACAUUGACGCUAAGGCUGCUGAUGCACGGAAAGGAAGUUGGCAGCAUAAUUGGGAAGAAAGGAGAAACAGUAAAGAAAAUGAGGGAGGAGAGUGGUGCUCGUAUCAACAUCUCAGAGGGAUCGUCUCCUGAGAGAAUAGUUACGAUCACAGGACCUACAGAGGGCAUCUUCAGAGCUUUCUCCAUGAUCGCACAGAAGUUCGAAGAGGACAUUACUGCAGCAAUGACAAACAGCAACGUGACAAGCAAGCCACCUGUGACACUUCGCCUGGUUUUCCCAGGGAGCCAGUGUGGCUCACUGAUUGGCAAAGGAGGCUCCAAGAUCAAAGAGAUCAGAGAGACCACAGGCGCUCAGGUUCAGGUGGCAGGAGACAUGCUGCCGGACUCUACAGAGAGGGCUGUCACAAUCUCCGGCACUCCGCAGGCCAUCACUCAGUGUGUAAGGCACAUCUGUUCUGUCAUGCUGGAGUCUCCGCCAAAAGGAGCGACUAUUCCCUACCGUCCUAAGGCCAUACCUGCAGGAGCCCAUGCAGUAUUAGCACCACAGCACGCUGCACAAGCCUUCGCAAUUCCAGGGCAGUAUGCUUUUGCACAUCAAGAUUUGACCAAGCUUCACCAGUUGGCUAUGCAGCAUAUCCCCCUCCCUUCCCUUGGGCAGAGCAACCCUACCUUCCCUGGAUUGGAUGCAUCUGCCCACACAAGUUCACAAGAGCUGGCAAUCCCUAAUGAUUUUAUUGGCUGCAUAAUUGGAAGACAAGGCAGCAAGAUCAAUGAGAUUCGCCAGGUCUCUGGAGCUCACAUCAAAAUUGCCAGUGCCACUGAUGGCUCACCCAUGCGCCAAGUCACGAUCACAGGCUCGCCGGCCAGCAUCAGCGUGGCCCAGUACCUCAUCAACGCCAGCUUAGAGAUGGCUAAAUACACCAUGCAGGCCGCUUCCUCAGCAACCCCAGUUGACCUCAACAUGAGCUUCUCUCAGUCAGCUCCUACUGCCUCCACUGCUGCUACCUCUAUGGCUGUCCUGGCGGCCACAACCCCAACCACCAUUAACGUCCACUCUCCUUCCACCUUAUCCACCAUCCAAAACCAACACUACGCCGUACCCAUUUCCAGCCUCCUUGGCAUGAAAACUCUCCCUGUCCUGGCCGUCCACCAAGCCGCUGCUUCCAGCCUAGCACAGGGUUUAUCCCCUUACACCGCAAAAAUGACACCCUCUGGCGUCAAAAAAUCUGAGCGCCAGAAGUUUGCUCCCUAUUAAUAUCUGAUUUUUAAGUCAAGUCAGUUUAGCUGACUGGUAAGACAUUAUCAAAAAUACAUUAUAUCAAAUGAUUUAACAUUAAGGAUAUAGGCUAAAAAGAUUUACACCAGUGUGGGUGUAAUUUUUGCCUCCAUAGCACUUGUUUUCCAUAAAUCAGGAGAAUAUUACAGUCAUACUGAAAGGAUGGAAGCAUCAAAACAAACAUGUCCUCAUUAAUUAAAACAGGCAACAGGGGUGAAUAUUAACUCAGUAUGAUCUUACGGACAUGCAUAACAAUUACUGUGGGUAACUCAGGCUUUUUAUUCGUUUCCUAGAAGGUGUUUUUCAAAUGGAUUCAUGUUACAGAGCUUUAUAUGACUUAACUACUUAAACCAGGAGAUGUGUUUUCCAUGAUGAUGCAAAGAUUGACUUAGUUUUCUAUCUGUGUAACUAGUUUACAACCUGUUUUUGUUAGAGGAUACAUGCUAAUGUCAUAAGAUGUGGUGCUUUGUUGGCAGCAGGCUGUUAAAAUAUUUGUCUUGUACAAUAGAAGUCAGUGUGUUAAGUAUUUUUUUUAACAAGGUUUGCUCCACUCUUUGUCAUAUUUCCCCCUUUCCUUCACUAUAGGCUCUCAACAAUGCUAACAGGCUUGGGUGUUCUGUAGUACUGCUGCACUGUUGCAGUUCUGAUGGGAUUAUCCUUAAAGCCACAUUGGAUUCUAGUGGAUUUCACUCUACACAGUAAUCCUGUAGAGCGGGACUGGCCUAACUAACUCACUUAUUGUUUCUGCACGCUAGCGUAUUCCUUGUUUGUUCUCCAGCCUAAAUGAGUGGAAUGCUUCAACUUUCAGCGUCUAAAAAUUAAUGGUGAGCAGUUAUUGUAAUAAAUGUUUAAUGCAUGUGUUUCUCACGUGGGUCUACCCCCCAAACAAUGCAGAUUUGUUUCAUUUGCUGAUCAAAUUACUGAAAUAAAUGGGACUUUUGAUGAA